AUGCCAUUUCAGUUACUUGCCGAAUGUUCUACACGUGGAUUCGAUGCAUCAUACGAGCUUACGAAGAUGACUAUUAUUCGGAUGUCGUUCGUGAAAGGAUGGGGUGCUGAAUAUCAACGUAAAGACGUGACCUCAACUCCAUGCUGGAUCGAAAUCCAUCUGCAUGCGCCAUUGACAGUAGGUUGUUCCUUUUUUCAAAAUCCAUGA